AUGAUUCCUGAAUAAUAAUAAGGAAUAACACAAGAAGAGAAAGAACUCAUUCUAAUUGAAGAAUUAUCUUAAAAAUUGGAAGGUUUAUAUAAAGACAUGGAAUAAAUAAGAAGAGAAAUCAUUUUUGGACCUUUUUGGGCAACCUCAUUCAGACCAUUAUAGCAAGGCCAUAGAAUCAGGAGAUUUUGUUUUACACCUUUUAGAAAUUAAAGAAAAAAAAUAAUCUUGAAUUGCCUUUUCUAAGGGUAUAUAAUAUCUUCCUCAAAUAAUAGUUACACAUUAUUCUACACUUUUAUAGUUAUACCAGACGAAUAGAAGUUUGAUUUAACACCUUAAACUAAAUGA